AUGGCGUACAAGGACCUUCUCGACAAGACUCGUUUAAAAGCCGCCGCUCCCAAUGAGAGCAGUGUAACUGAAGAGAAGAUCCAGGCCUCGUCAGACAUCGUCUCCGAGGCCUCUACCGUUCCCCCGCGGUCCUUAAGCGUUCCCUCAAGGCAGAUGAUUGUCAUCGGCGGCGUCAUUGGUACCGGUCUAUUCCUUGGUACCGCCAACAACCUCAAGAAUGCCGGUCCGGCCGGCUUCCUCAUCUCGUACUGCAUUAUGGCCACCCUGCUCUACUCCGUCAUGGUGGCCAUGGGCGAGAUGAUCGCCGCCUUCCCCAUCGCCGGUGGACAGUUUGCCCUCGCUGGGCGCUUCUGCUCCCCCGAGCUCGGUUUUUCUAUCGGUUGGCUUUACUGGUAUACUUACAUUGUUCUUCUCCCCGCCGAAAUGUCUGCUGCGGCCGUCAUCAUCUCGUACUGGACGCCGUCGGGCAAGGGAGACGCUACAUGCACCUCGGGCGUGUGUAACAACGCCAUGUGGGUGGGCCUAAUGCUCAUUGUUGUUAUUGGCAUCAACUUCAUGGGCACUCGCGCAUUCGGUGAAUGCGAGUUUUGGGCAGCCUCCAUUAAGGUCAUCACUAUCGUUGGCCUCAUCAUCGCCGGCAUCGUCAUCACUGCCGGCGGUGGCCCCAACCACGAAACCAUCGGCUUCCGUUUCUGGAACGAGACCGGUGGUUUCGUGCAAUACGACGACAUACCCGGAUCCUGGGGCAGGUUCUUGGGCUUCUUCGCCGUCCUUAUAAACGCCGGUUUCGCCUUUAUUGGAACUGAGAUUACUGCCAUUGCCGCCGCCGAGACUGGCAACCCCGGCAAGUCGGUCCCUCGUGCUAUCAAGACUGUGUGGAUCCGCCUUGCCCUGUUCUACAUUGUCAGCGCUCUCCUCAUCGGUAUGCUCGUGUCGCCCGAGGACCCCUCCCUCAACCUCGCCUCGACCGCUGCCAAGAGUCCGUUUGUCAUUGCCAUUACGUCGGCUGGCAUCAAGGUGCUCCCGUCCAUUGUCAACGCCGCCUUCCUGACCUCGGCCUGGUCGGCGUGUGUCGCGCACAUGUACGUUUCCAGCCGUACCCUCUACGGUCUUUACUCGCGUGGCGCCACCCCGCGCUUCCUUGACCCCUACCUCGGCAAGCUUCGCAAGAGCGAUGGCCUCCCCUGGGUGUGCGUCUCGGUCAGUGCCGUCUUUUCGACGCUGUCGUUCCUCGCGGCCACCAGCAACGCGUCGGCCGGCACUGUCUUUGGCUACUUUGCCAACAUGACUUCCAACUGUGGUAUGCUCUCGUGGUCGGCCAUCUUGUUCACCGCUAUUCGCUGGAACAAGGGCCUCAAGACCCAAGGCAUCGACCGCAAGACCCUUCCUUACCUUGCUCCCCUCCAGCCGUACCUCUCAUACUACGGCUUCAUUGUUACGAUUGUGGUUGUAUUCUUCUCCGGUUUCACUACCUUCAUGCACAAGUUCGACACUAGCAGCUUUAUCACCACCUACUUUGGUAUCCCCUUCUUCCUCGUCCUCCUCCUCGGCUACAAGUUUAUCAAGCGCACCAAAAUGGUCGACUACGACGACAUGGACUUUGUCACCGGCUCGUCGCAGGACAUUCCCGAGGAACCCCGCGAGCCAGGCUUCAAGGGCUGGCUCAAGGCCAACGUGUAA